AUGGCGGCCAACAAACCAGAAUCUGCUGUAGGCUCUCCUCAAGAACAUAUUCCAACUUGUGACAAACAUAGCAUUCGGACUGAUAUAUUCUGUGAGGAUUGUGAUGAAUUCAUUUGUUCCAAGUGUGCAAAAACUAAGCACAAGAAACACAACUGGGAAACUCUAGCUAACGUAGCUUGUCAAAGAAGGAGAGGUCUAACGGGGUACCUAACGGGGAUAAAGGAGGGAGACAUACCGGAGAUUGAGGAGAGUAAAGAGAAAAUAUCAACACAGAAAAGGCAUAAUGAAAAUCAUUUUGAUUAUGAUGUUGGAAUUUUGCAUAAACAUUUUGAUGAAGUGAUUAACAGGCUGACAGAAAUCAAGAGAAGCAAUGAAGAAACACUUAAAAACAACCUGAGCAAGACAGACGAACAUAAUAGCUGUGUAAAAUCUCAGUUAGCCAAGAAACAAAAUCAAAUUGUUGACACCGUGGAAUUUAUCGAGAAAAAUAGCGGAAAUAUGUCAGAUUUCAACCUGAUUGACAACUUGAAAUUUCUGAAACAGCUACAGUUUGAUAUUAGAGACAUUGAAGAUCCUGUGGAAUACGAUGGAGGAAAAAUCUUUGAUGUCUUACAGGAAACUUUGUCGAUUGAUGUCAUUGCUGAUGAAGCAGAAUCGUUUCGAUACGGAGAUAAACCAAUACGUAUACUUGAGGUAUGUGAUGAAGAUGUUGGUUAUAUUCAGUCUCAUACAUUAGACUACGUGAAUCAAAUUGACACACAAGGAAUGAAGAAAAGAAAGCUCAUGAUAAAUCCUUUCGAUCUCUGUGUUUGUAAAGGUGGUGAAGUGUUUUUCACUGAUAAUGAGAAAAAAACCAUUUGCCAACUCUUUCCUUCAGAUUCAGUCUCUGUAAUCACGAAUACAAAGCAUCUUUUACCAUUAGGAAUCUGUCCGUCAGUUGAUGGGGGUCUCUUAGUCACCUUAACAACGAAACCUCCCGGCUAUAUUCUUGUCAGUGAUCCUUUCCCAUGUCUAGUGAGACACCUGACUUUAACAGGUGAUCUUAUACGUGAGUACAAAUAUACGGAAGAGGGGUUUCAUUUAAUAUACCCCGCACGAAUCACACAGAAUGGUAACGGUGACAUCUGUAUUGUGAACUGGGCAUUUCCUAAAGGUGAUCUGGUCAUUUUGUCUUCCACUGGUCAGGUUAGAAGUGUGUAUCUUAGACGUAACUUGAAAGAAGACGACAACCCUUUCUUUCACCCGAUGGAGAACUUCGAUCCGUAUGACGUGACAUGUGACUCCUAUUGUAACAUCCUCGUUACCGACGCAAAAAAUCAUCGGAUCCAUUUACUGAGUCCUUCUGGGAUAUUCUUGAAGUUUUUGCUCACAGAGAGUGAAGUACAAUUUCCGACAUCAUUAUUCCUGUACAAAUCUAAAUUGUGGGUAGGAAAUACCAGAGGACUUGUCAAAGUUUUCAGAUGCAAACAUAUGUUUAAUCUUCACGUUUAA